AUGGACCGUGUGUGGCAUUGUGCUGUUGAUGACGGUAGCAGUCAACUGCUGUAUACGGGUAGCCGAUCGAGCACUUUGGUGCCGCUCCCCGUCGGUAAAGUAAACAACACCAUUGGAAUCUCAGUCGUCAUAUCAGACCGCUAUGGUGCGUCAGUGACAGUCGAUGCGGGAAAUGUCUAUGUGGAUCCUGGAGAGAAAGUCGAGACUAUUCUUGCAGAUGAUAUUGUGACAUCGUUAUUAGACAAUUACGAUAAACUCCAGGCUGAAGGCAGCUUAGUGAGUGUCACCAAAAAAGCUACGAUUGAUAUUUCAGCCCUGAAUCUUGAAAGAACUUUCACAAAUACUCUAAUCGAUGGACAAAUUGAAACACACUCGGGGAAUCUGGGAACAGAAAACAUUACCGUCACAGAGCAGUCAUCAUCAGCUAUCCGUGAAUUAGAAGUUGAGAAAAUACAGAAGACAACAACACGAGCAUAUCUGAGAAGCAAGAUAGCUUCGGUUCAAGCUACAAUGACUGUCAAUUCUUUAGAAGACGCUCAGAUAUUGGCCGGAUCUGCAUUAGAACUCUCACUCUAUACUAAUGAACUGUCUCAAGGUGCAUUGACCUCGCUCAAUACUGUAGCUGAAAACAUACUGGAUGUCACUGAAGAACUACAGGACACCGUGUCAACAGAAACACUGGGCGCAACCACCUCUCUGCUGCUAGGACUUAUGGGAAAUAUACUUCAGGGGUCAGCGUUGAGUGUCCAGGACUCCUUACCGAUCCUAGAUGAAUUUGAGAGCUCAGACGGUGACCAAACCUUUAGCUCCCUUCAAGACUCAAUCAGUGCAGCUACUUCUAGUGUGGGUGAUGAAGCCACCACAACUGAGUGGACACCCGAAAAAGAGGAGAACCUUCAACGGAAAAGGGACCAGGGUCGCGCAGUGGUGACUGAAGCCAGAAAUAAAAUGAAAGCCAUCAAGAAACUCCUGGGAAGGAACAUCCUACCCCGGGAGCCUGCUGUCUCCAUUCACACAGACACAAUUUCAAUGACGUACGAAAAGAACACCUGUAGCGAUCUGGCCGAUCGUGGUGUCAAUGAAGACUCCGGGAGCGUCUUCCUCCCCUCGUUGACCGAGCUCGUCGAUGAUCCCGAGGCAAUCUGCGGUAACGAUGCCAUCAUCUCGCGAGAGACAACCUCCUUACCAACGAAUCCAUACAAUUACGAAGAGAGUUCUGAUCGUAUCUCGCGCGAUUCCGGCGUCAUGGAAGUCGUCUUCGAAACCCUGGAAGGCGGGGCCAUUCCGAUCUCCAACGCUAACGCGCCUAUCCUUCUCAAGAUUGAUCGACCAGGUGGGGAAGAACCAAGCUGGAAUGAGUUUGGUUCCGACGCUCUAGUGAACGUUACCAAUGUGACAUACCACAGCUUUGACAUCAGCUACAAUAACACGGCCUUCACGGUCCAGUUGCAAGUCGAACGCAUGUCAUGCUAUGCUUUGCUUCUAGGGUUUAGCGGCUUCCCUAAUAUAAGCGGCUUUGAUGAUAUAAAACUGUUCUACUACGAUAGAAAUGAAAAUGCCACAACUGACACAGUUAUCUACCAGGCUUUCUACAGCAGCUCCGUCGUCGGGAACAACGCCCGGAAGUAUUAUGCCCUGUUGCUCGAGCUUGACUGCGAUCAGCUCUUCGAUGACUACCCAGAUCUGUCCUCCGCAGACGAACUCGAGCUGUCGUGGGCGGCGGGAAACACGAGCCGGAACUUUUCACUCCCGUACGGUUUCCGAGUUCUCUCCUCAGGCUGCUCAUACUGGAGCGAAGAGCAAGAAAUGUGGCUCCAGGAUGGAUGCGAGGUCGCAAGCAAUACUACCUACGAGGCCCAGUACUGUAGCUGUACCCAUCUGACGUCAUUUGCCAGUACAUGGAUCGUCCCGCCUACCCCUCUCGACUUCAAUUACAUCUUCGCCAAUGCCGGGUUCGCACAGAACCUCACCAUCUACAUCACCACCAUCGUCAUCUACGUGGUCUUCAUCUUCAUCUUGCUAUGGGCACGACGUCGAGAUCGUAAAGACCUCUUAAAGCUUGGAGUCACGCCGUUGGUGGACAACAACCCGGCUCAUAACUAUUAUUAUGAGAUAGUUGUGAUGACAGGACAGAGGAAGGCCGGUGGAACCGACUCCAAAGUAAGUUUCAUCAUGUCUGGUGAGAAUGAGGAAACGUCUGUACGAGACUUUGAGGAUGACAAGAGAAAGAUCUUCCGAAGAGGUGCCUCUGAUCGAUUCCUCAUGGCUGUACCAGGACCGUUGGGAACGCUGAACUACAUGAGAAUCUGGCACGACAACUCUGGUAAAGGCAAGAUGCAAGGCUGGUACGUCAAAUACAUCGCCAUCAGAGACAUCCAGACAAGGGAGAGGUUCUAUUUCAUCGUCAACCAAUGGUUCUCAGUGGUGGAGGACGACGGACAGAUCGACCGACUGAUCCCAGUGGCCGGACGCGAGCAGAUGCAGAAUUUCUCCCACCUGUUCAGUAACCAUACCCGCAAGAACUUCAACGAUGGCCACCUGUGGUUCUCCAUCAUAGGGCGCCCUCCUGGCAGUCGCUUCACCAGGGUGCAGAGGGCUGCAUGUUGCCUUAUGUUCCUUUGGUUGGAGAUGCUGGUUAACAUCAUGUUUUACCAGGUCGCCCCACCGGCAGCUGCUAAAAGCCCCAUUGAAAUUGGACCAUUGAGUCUCUCGCCCGCUCAGAUCAGCAUUGGUGUCCAGGCCAAUCUCAUAGUUUUUCCGGUAUCACUUCUGGUUGUACAAUUCUUCCGGAAGUCCCGGCCGAGGAAUAUGAGACAGUCCCGCAUCAAGGUAGCGGCGCUGGCCAACAAACCCAAACGAAAACUAAGGCGUAGACCUCGUAAGACGGCACCCGCUAAUUACUCCAAACUGGAAGACUUUGCAUCACCGAGUCGGAUCGUCCUUGAGGAGAGCAAUAAGCCCCCGAUGAUGAUUAACCCGACGGCAGGUACGAGGGCCGAACCGAGCCUCGUUGUCCCUCCCGUCCCUGGCACCUACGACGAGACAGCGGUCCAAGGGGGUCAAGGGGCCGGCUACUUGGGCGGAGAAACAUCACCUACUCCGCAAGGAGAUGCGACAGUCCUGAUCCAACCGGACAAACCAAAGCGACGCAAGAAGUUCUCCUUCCCAUGGUGGUGUGUCAUUGUAGCAUGGAUUGUCUUGCUCUUAUCCAUGGCGGCUGCUACCACCAUUACCAUUUUCUACGGCAUCCAGUUUGGCAACACGGAAACCAGCGAAUGGCUUUGUUCCAUUAUCAUUUCAUUUGUUUUCGGAAUCUUCCUCACGCAGCCCAUCAAGAUCCUGCUGCUCGCGACCUUCAUCGCCUGUAUCGUCAAGAGCCCUAACGCUGACGAGGACACCGAGAUGGAAGAGGACGAAGAAGAGUUUGAUCUUGGAAAUGAUGAGGAAUACCUCCACACGGUCUCCGGUUCCGUGUCGACGAAGAAGCGCAAGCUGCCAUACAAGCCGCCUGAUCCAGAGGCACUGGAGCGAGCCAGAGAACAACGUGUCAAGGAGAUCAAGAUGUACUCCAUCUUCCGAGAGAUCUUCUUCUACGUGGUCUACCUUUGGGUGGUCCUCGUCAUCAGCUAUGGAAACUCCGACCCUUCGGCUUACCGCAUGCAGGAGGACUUCUUCAACGAGCUUGUGAUCGGCCCCGACAGUGUGCAUUCCUUCAACAAGAUCAACAGCCACGCAUCCUACUGGGCUUACCUUCACUCUACCCUCGUUCCUGCGAUCUAUCCUCAGACUUGGUACAAUGGCGAUCCUAGUCCCGAGCUGGAUGGCUUUCUCAAAAACCAGAAUGCUUUCAUCCUCGGAUAUCCUGUACUACGACAAGCCCGCGUCAAAAUGGGUGAAUGCGAAGUGGUGUCCCAAUUCACAAACAUUGUCCCCGAAUGUAACGUUGCCUACUCGUUUGGCAACUCAGACGAGGGUGAUUAUGGACCUGGGUGGACACUCUACAAUACAAACGUGACAGACAGACCUCAAUACAACUUCACAGCUUGGGAUGAAAUAGAGAGUUAUCCAGUCCUCGGACGCCAAGCCGUCUACGCUGGUGGCGGAUAUCUUGCCAAGCUACAAGGGAGCAAGGUCGAAGUCGAAGCUCUCCUGGAUCAACUAUUCGAAGAGGCCUGGUUCGAUAGGUACACCCGAGGAGUCUUUUUGGAGAUCGCUUUUUUCAACGCGCAGGUGAAUCUCUUUGGGGUCAUCGACCUCGUGGCGGAGUUCCUUCCAACUGGUGGAGUUGAAACCUUCUACCGGAUCGACAUCAUUCGGCUGUUCACCUACUCUAACGGUUUCGGCGCCGUCCGUCUCGCGUGUGAGAUCCUCUUCCUUGGUUUCAUCGUGUUCUUCAUCGUUCGUGAAAUCAACAACAUGAGACGGACAGGGGUGAAGAAGUACUUCAAAGACUUCUGGAACAUGGCCGAAUGGAUCAUCAUCGCGUGUGCCAUUGGAGCCACAGUGGUCUACUUCUAUCGCAAGUAUGUCACAGACAACCUCCUCGAGGAAUUCAAGGCAGCGGGUGGCACACAGAGGAUCAACCUCCAGUAUGUCGCCUACUGGAACGAGCUGCUCACUUACUUGCUAGGUGUGGUAGUCUUCAUCGGCACCCUGAAGUUCAUUAAGCUUCUCCGAUUCAACAAACGCAUCGGUAUAUUGUCCACCACGAUUGGAAGCUGUACCAAGGACUUGUUCCACUUUGGUAUCAUGUUCGGCAUCUUUUUCCUUGCCUACGCGCUGGCCUUCUACAAGAUGUACGCCCGCAGUCUCUACGAUUUUUCUGACUUCAUCUUCACCUUGGAAACGCUGUCGGCGGCCAUGUUGGGCAAGUUCAGCUACGACGGCUUUGUGCAAAACAAUCGGAUCCUCGGGCCCAUCUUCUUCUUCUUCUUCAUGAUCACCAUCACGUUCAUCCUUGUCAACAUGUUCCUGACCAUCGUCAUCGAAGCCUUCUCUUCGGUCAAGCGGGACAUCACCCGCCAAUCCAACGACUAUGAGAUGGUCGACUUCAUGAUCGGGCAACUCAAGAAGUGGGUGGGCUUGAAUAACAAGCCCAAGUCGGAGGAAAAGAAGCCCAACGCUGUGACCGAGAAGGACAACCACGACCCGAUGUCGGAGUUCCCUGAGAAGGUCGACCAACUACUCGACUGUAUCGCCAAGGUCUACUUCGAUGCCUCCCAGUUUGAGGAAGUCAUCCGUGGGAUGGGAGGGUCGAAGGGAGACAAUCCCAAGACCACCAAGAAACGGAUGAUCCUGACGGGAUAAUUCUCAAACACAACCACCAUAAGCAUCACUCCCAAGUGCAAUAUGCUUUAAUACUCCCAUCAUAAUCCUACUGUAAUGUCAAUAAUGAAAUUCACAACCAUCCAUGAUCAUAAAUCAUACUUCAUAAUGAAUCCGGAGCUAAAGGAUAAAUAAUUUCUCCUUAGUUUCCAUAUGGUAUUUUGAUAUCCCACUAUAUAUCGAAUAAAUGAACAUGGUGAAUUAACACAAUAAGCAAUUGAAAGAAAAAACAAUAUCUUCAUGAUACCGUCUACUACUACACAAUACACGAAAUCAAAAUAUAACAUGCAUAUUUCACAGAAAUUCGAUGUAAAUAGCAUUUUUGGUAUUGAAAUUCUACUCAAGCUUCUACUAAAAUCGUUACUAGGAAUGCUGUAGCUUGCCUAGGGCUCUCUCGGUAU